UUUCUCCUAAUAGCCUUCGCUGCUCAAACUUAUAUCUUUUCACUAGGCAGUGUGCCUUCAACCAAAAAAUCCAUGGGGAAUUGCUUAGCCCAGCAAGAAAAGAUUAUCAAGAUCAUGAGACCUGACGGCAAAGUCCUUGAAUACAAAACGCCCCUGAAAGUGCAGCAAGUGUUGUCAGAAUUUUCCGGCUAUGCAAUAUCAGACACACUUCCGGUCAUCCGGCAUCUAGGGAAAGAUAUGGAGAUGGUUGGCGGUCAGCUGUACUAUCUUAUUCCUGUUCCAUUGCCAUCGCCUGAAGUUGAGAAGAAGGCACUAAGAUUUUCAGAUCCGCAGGUGGAAGCUGACCAAGGAACUGGUGUUGUGAGGAUUAGGCUGGUCAUCACAAAGCAAGAGCUGAAGGAAAUGUUAAGAAAGGGAGGAGUUUCAGUUGAUCAUAUGGUUUCGCAGCUUCAAAGAGGACAAGGCAGAAAUGGGGUUCAUAAGCUUGAUGUUGAUGGUAAUGGAAACUGUAGAGGGUGGAAGCCUGUGUUAGAAAGCAUACCUGAAGUGAACUAGCAUAUGUCUCUCUCCCUCUUUUUUCUAUGUCGAUCACAGCUUCAACAGCUUUUUAGUUUAACAUACAAAAGAUAAUGAUAUAACCUGCUACAUCUCUCUCUCUCUC